AUGCAUUUCUCACGAUCAGUCCUGGCCACUGCGCCACUGCUCUCUGCAGUCUGUGCACUUCCGCAGGCUGCCACUACUGCGGCCAGCAACACUUCCACUGCUGCAGUCAACACCACGACGUGCAACUCGAAGACCUACAUCUACGAGCAGCUGGCUGGCUUUGGCUCCAUUCCAAGCGACGCUCGAGACAGAUUCGGCGACACCCUAGGUGGUUUUGGCAGUUCUAUUGCCAUUGACCGCAACAGCUGGCGCAAGCUGAGCAAUGGUUCCUACACAGGCACUUUGUGGGCCCUGCCGGAUCGAGGCUGGAAUACCCAGGGUACGGUCAACUACCAGAACCGUGUACAGAAGAUCAAGAUUGUGUUGAACCCUCAGGAGGGUGCUACUGUUGCCAAACCAUCAGGACCGAAUCUUUACUUGACUUACCAGGAUACCGUCCUCUUCACCGAUCCUUACGGCAACCCGACUACCGGGCUUGAUGCUAACGUGCGCGGCCCAUACCUCACCUUCCCUGGCAUCCCCUUCGACCUGCCAAGUGUGAACUACACCGGCGAUGGUUUCGGCAGUAACGGCACCGGAGGCCACCGCGUGGUGGUCGACAGCGAGGGUAUCUUCCUUGGCCACGAUGGCAGCUUCUGGGUCAGUGACGAGUACGGCCCGUUCGUCUACCACUUUUCGCCCUUCGGCCGCAUGAUCGGUGCCAUUCGUCCUCCAAAUGCUAUCAUCCCUAUGCGCAACAGCAGUGAAUCCUUCUCUGCCGACAGCCCGCCGAUCUAUGAUCCCACACUGGCACCUAUCCCGGCCGACAACCCUACUGGUCGCGACAACAACCAGGGCUUUGAGGGAUUGACGGUAAACCCAGCUGGUACUCGUCUAUACACCCUCCUUCAAUCAGCCACGAACCAGGACGGCGGUUUGAAGAGUAAGAACAGCCGUAACGCUCGCCUUGUCGUUUACGACAUCACUACGUUCCCCCAGCCGACUUACCUUGCCGAGUACGUUGUGCCGGAGAACCAUGUCGUGCCGUCCGAUGCUACGACCAAAGUAGCUCACCAAAGCGAGAUACACUACGUGUCCGACACUCAGUUCAUGAUCCUGGCUCGCGACAGUGGUUUCGGACGCGCGCAAUCUAGCACUCAAAGCAUCUAUCGCCAUGUGGACAUCUUCGAUAUCAGCAACGCCACGAACGUCAAGGGCGCUGCUGCCGACUGCGCUACUUGCCAGAUUGCCUCAUCUUCUGGUCUUCUCAAUACCACUAUCACGCCUGCUCAGUACUGUCAGUGGCUGGACUUCAAUGUUAACUCUCAACUCAACCGCUUCGGUGUCCACAACGGCGGUGCCCAAGACGCCUUCCUUCUGAACGAGAAGUGGGAGUCCCUUGCCCUAAUGCCGGUCACUCCUCCAUCUCUGAUCGACGGUCUUCUUGGCAUCCUCGGCUGGGGCGACAAUGGUGCCGACCCUAACGAUGAGUACUACCUUUUCUCGCUCAGCGACAACGACUUCAUCACCCAGAACGGCUACAUGAACUUUGGCAAGUUCCAAUACAAGGACGCCAGCGGGUUCAAUGUUGACAACCAAGCUUUGGUCUUCAAGGUCAAGUUGCCUAAGAACAGUACAAGUAGUGUGGUAAGUAGAGCAUCAUUCCUCAUCUCUUCGUCUUCUUUCGUAAUUUUCCAGCUUUUGGAUCCAAACAUUGUAGAUCUUCAGACGCAGAUGUGCGCACCGCAACAAGUUGGCAUGGAGGCGCCACACGUCUCUCGAUUCGGUUCACAGUCCGCCGGGACUACGCUGAUAGGAAGUGAGAAUGGCACCUAUUCUCCGGUAUCGCCACUGUUUGCGGAAUCGCAGACACCAUUCUUGGGCGCGUACCCACAGAAUGUGGCAUACACAGGCCAAUGGUUCUACUUGAACCAGGUGCCACCAAAGCUGCUGCGAGAGCUACAGCGACAGUGUGACUCAGCCGAGGGCAAGGACAAGACGAACCUCUGGGCGAAGAAUGCCGCGAAACUCAAGGCCUGGGCACGUCCUACCAAGGGUGGAGUGGAUAUCAGACUGCGCCAGAGAGUGGACACUGGUCGAGACGAGGUGACUGACAUCAGACUGGAAAAAUAUGAUCAUAUGGAGCUUCCAGUCACUGGACCUUCUGAGCUUGGCGAUACCUCCAUCGUGCAAGAACUAGAGUCUCCUGCUGGGGAAAUCAGAGCGUUGUCACCAGCUCCUAGUGACGCUACAGUGUCGACUUUGCCACGCUAUGAGCCUGGUAACUUCCUCGUGUCACCUCUGCAAGUUCGGACAGGCUCCGACGAACCGGCCGUGAGCCUUCGUGGUCGAAUGCAUCAACGAUCGACGUCGAGCUUGAGCAUUGUCCCAACACCGAAACGUGGUCUGUCAGUUGCCGAAGUGGAGCGUUCAGCUCCGGCAGUGCCAGCAGACGGAGUUGACAAAUCCCAAAAGAAGUAUGAAAAGAUACCCAUCCAAGAGCUCCGACCGAGUCUUCAGGCUGUGACCGACGAGCUAGAAAAGGAGCGCCAGGCCCGAGAAAUUUGCGAGGCGUUACUGAAAGAUGCCGAAGCUGAGCUGUCAAGACGACAGUCUGACAGAGAGCGACAUCCAGCUCCCCACUUGAAAGUGGCCGAGGCCGCUCGUUAUGAGACUGAUACGGACGUGGAUCCACCGAGUCCUUCCGCCCGCCGGAAGCGCGAAACCAGAAGUGUGCACGGAGGAUUAUCGAAUGAAGCUAAGAAGAAGAAGCGUGAUAUGCCCAACCGUGGUGCAAAGCCGAAGACCGGCCAGGCACUCCAAAAAGCCAAGCUUGUCACGAUCCAAGCGGGAGCAGAGUAUACAGAGCCAACGACGUCAGGUGAGCUUGGCCAAGGCCUCACUGAGAUGGAGAGUCCACCAGUCUCGCCGGGUGGAAAGAACACCGACUUGGAUCAAUCACGCUCGGCUCAUGCGCGCUCUACCUCAGCAGAACAAAAGCAUAUCGUCGCGACGGCGGAGGGCAUUAGCGGCCCCAGCACAAGUCAAUCAGACGAACAUCUCAACAUGCAGCGCCAGAAGCUCCCGCUGAUCACGACCUCUUUCCAUCCUGCUACGAGGGAUCCGUCACCGGUUGAACAGAACGCUGUAUAUGGAACAGUAGACCCUUGGUAUACACCUAGACCUCCCCACAAGACCUAUGGAGCAUUGUCUUCGUUUGUGGGUCCUGCACUAUCGGCCAUGGCAAAUGCCUCUAUCAACGGGAUCCGAUGGGUCCAGCGCAACUAUGGACCAGAGCCAGCCUUGGAAGCUGGAAAAGUGCGGGUACGGUGGACCUGUAGAUGCGGCCGGCAAUUGUACGAUGACUUUGUGGAGAAGCGUGCUGGUGCCGCAAGAGAGCUGGAGGCCUACCUCAAUCGCCCUGUGUUUAUGGCUAGCCCGACCACACCGUCUACCGCGCAUAGCAACCGUCCGUUCUCGCCGAAUAGCUCGCUCGGCAUGCCGCCUUCCUCACAAACAUCAAUGUCCAGUUUAGGCAUGUCAAGAGGUUCGCCAAUCGGCAACGGGAAGACUAAGCCAUCACGAACAUCGACUGACCUUCCGGCUUACCGACCAUUCGACUUCCCCGCCGAGCCUCCAUGGCUACUGACAUGUGCGACGGAGGACCGUCACACGCCUAAGCUUGCUCAUCUGGACAUGGGCUCGCAAAAAAUUCGUUCUGACAAAGAUCUGGCAAUGUCUUUGCGGAACCACUAUUUCAGCGUCAACAACAAAUGGUGGCGCAUCUUCCGGUUACGAGGGCUCGUCACAAUCAACUUCGUGCAGUUCGAGGUGCACCAAAAUCGCUUCGCAGACAUUCGUAAGUGCCCGGACGUACCGAUAGCAGGGCAUACAGAAUACGAGUUUGUUCCUGGUGAUCUGCUGCCUCCAGUGGGCAGCCACUACCUUCUACAUCUGUUCCGACAUCCUGAGGACUACGACGGCGAGCUGAUCACCUACUUGCGAGCUCCAAAGAAGAAUGGUCGGCUUCAGCUCGGAGUCGGUUGGGGCAUUGACCUUGUGGAAGGGUUCGAGGCCUCGAAAGUGUGGCUCGCCUCAAGUCUCUUCUUUGGUCUGGGUAGUUUUGUUUUUGCCGUUGCUUGGGCCUGGAAGAAGCAAGAUAUCCAGGGUGCAUUUGGCGUUGCUGCUUGGAUCUGUACAUUAGCAGGGCUUCUUCUGGGCUGGAUGCAAGCGUCAAUAGGCUGA